GCUUGUGUUUCGACAGAAGACAAAUCGCCACGUCGAGUACAGCGUGUAUUUAACUAGCCCCGUGCCUCGCUGUCUGCCUUGUAGGUCGGUCGACUCGAGAACGGUGUCUUCGUAACUAAAGUGACAACAAUAUGGCCACUUUGCGAAUUAUCCUGAUUGCAUGUAUUGGAAUCGUCUGCUUCUUAGGUCUGCCUUCAAGUGCAGACGACGCUUCCUCAGAAGAAAAAGUUGUUCAAGAAGUUCUUUUCAUGCCAGAAAAAUGCGAACGGAAGACUAAAAAACAUGACAUGUUGUCCAUGCAUUAUACCGGCACUUUAACAGCCACUGGUGUGAAGUUUGAUUCCAGCUUAGACAGAAACCAGCCAUUUGAGUUCCAGCUGGGAGUUGGCCAGGUGAUACAAGGAUGGGAGAAGGGACUACUUGAUAUGUGUGUUGGAGAGAAAAGAAAACUUACAAUACCCCCCAGCCUUGGGUAUGGAGAACAAGGAGCAGGAGAAGUUAUUCCACCCAUGUCAACACUGACAUUUGAAGUAGAACUUCUUGACAUAAAGGAUGGAGCUGUUCCGCCUAAUGUAUUUAAGCAAAUUGAUGCUAAUGGAGAUCAGCUGCUUUCUCAGGAAGAGGUGUCUAACUUCCUGAAGGAGCAAGCCAAGAGUGCACAGAACGUCCCAGGUGGGCCUCCCCCAGAUGUUAAUGAUGAGCAACACAAUACUAUUGUGUCUCAAAUUUUUGAACAUGAAGAUAAAGACAAAGAUGGCUUUAUUUCUCAUGAAGAGUUCAGUGGUCCAAAACAUGAUGAGCUUUAGGGCCAUUUCAUUUAGUGCUUCAUUUAAUUUUUUUUAAAAUUUCUGAGGUAUAGAGAGAUGUAGGGAGAUAGAGAUAAAAAAAAAGAUCUUUUCACGAGGAAAGUUCUGAUUCAAAAACCCUGAAGAGUUUA